GGAGCCAGGGUCUCACACACGGGGAAGUGGCGAGCCGAUGACGUCACCGGAAGUCGGGCACCGUCAGAGGGGGACGCAUGGAAACCAUGGAGCUGUCACAUCGGUCCAUCACUAUACACAACUUCAGCGAGAAGAUCAGUGACAGGCUCGUCCACUUCCACGUCAUGAGCCUACAGGACUGCUUCUUCCUGUGGGUCGGCUACUCCGCGACGCUGUGUAAUCUGGCCGUGGCCAUGUGUAGCAGAUUUGACUCGAUGCCUUUAUCCUCACAGAUUCUCGGGGAUCAAUCCGAUACAACAUCGAGUUCUUUUGCCCAGAGACUAGCAAAGAAGACCAAGAAGCAAGUGUUUGCCAGCGUCAACAUCCCAACCAACGACAGCCAGCUCAUGCUGCUGGUAGAGAAACGAAUCAAGGAAGAGAUGGAUUCCUUUCCAGAAAAGUUCUGAAGAGGACCCUUCUCUUGCUGAUUGAGGACUAAGUCUGCUUGGGUUGGUUUCUGGAUACCUGAGCUUCUAUGCUCUCUAAAAAAAAAAAAAAAUCUUGGCUUUACAGCUCACGGAGUCUAAUGUGUUAAGAACGACAGCAUAGCAUUAGCCUCUUACAAGAUUUAUAUGUAUUAGAGGAUUGAGGGGAUAAGGCUCGCAUACUUGUAAAUGAGAUUACUUUAAAUUAUCCAUACCACAAAAUUCAAUCCACAGACUCUUGUUUGCGUUGCUGUUUUCAAUCUCAAAAUUAAAGUUUAUUUUUCUUGUAUAGUU